AUGGCCGCUCAACUCUCCUCGCACAAACGCGUAUUGACUCGGCAUUGUAACAAGCUAGAGACAGUACUUGCGCGGUUCAAAGACGAACAACUUGAGAUCGCGCCAAAUUUAGAGGAGUUGAGGGAAGGAGGGUCGGAGGAAGACUAUCGUCGGCGUUUGCAUGAAGCACUAGGCGCGUUAGAAGCCUGCACGUCUAAGAUAGAGCGAUUAUGGCAAGAAUACGCUUAUGCUGUAGAUAAUAUAGGCGAGAUAGAAAAAUCUGAAAAGGACGAUUUCGAGGUUUACUCAGACAAGAUAGAGGUAGUCUUAGGAUCGACUCUGGACUACACGGAUCAACGCGUAUUAUUGGAACAGCUUCAAAUUAUAAUGUCCCAACUUAGAGAUAAAGGGGAACAAGUAGAUAGUCAAUGGUUGUUAAAACAAGUGUUAGCUAAGUUCCCCGAGCGCGUCCAAAGGAGAGUCCUCGAAAGGAAGUAUUCCAUGGAGGGAUCCUUUCGAAUGGAUGAUCUCCUAAUGUGUUUGGAUAAGAUAGUUUCCAUGGAGGAAAAAAUUGCGCUUCACACAUCUAAGGGGUCAGGUGAUGACGGGACAUUGGCGCGAAGAGAUAAAUACCCUAGGAAGGAAGCAGAACGCGUUAAUUUCCAGUGCAUGUACUGUGGCGGCGACCACAAAGCAACGUCGUGUACAAAAUUUGGAACACCUAAAGAGAGAUCC